AUGUCACUGCACAGAAUGUUUGGUUUGAAUUAUCCUGGUCAAGCGACGGAUACCCAACAGAAUUGGAAUAACAACAAACCUGUCGUACCUCUCCGACAGAGCGAUGAUCUCACAGUAGACGAAUGGUUCGCUCAUGGCAUGAAGGAUUAUCCUCCAGCUCCGGGAAACUUUAUGGAACUUCCUUCAGGAGGUACUUUUGAUGGUUGUGAUUUGGCUUGUAAUCGUUUCUACUCAAGACUUCGUCGACCUGACGUUACCGUGCCUCAGGAAGAGUAUGCUUGCCCCGAUCUCGCCGUUCUUCAUGUACCAAGAGGCGCUGAAUUCACACCCACCCCCAACAUUUCUUGGUUAGGCGGUUCGGCACUAGCCAUUUCUUACACUUCUGACGUCGAUUCCCUCGGUCCGGACAAUAUGACUGUCAUUUCUGUCAACGCUACAAGUCCAUGGUGGAGAUUAACGACAUAUGAAAUUCCUGUACUCCCUCCUUGCCCUCCAGGUGGAUGUUUGUGCACUUGGAAUUGGUUCCAUACCAAUCAAGAUCAUGAAGGAUAUGGCGCGGAAAUGUACAACGUCUUAUAUCGUUGUAAUGUCACGGGAAAUACAGACCCUAACGUCGUGGUACAUUCCGGACAAGUUCCAACUUUAUGUGAAGACGGACCUUGUGUUUCCGGUCCUAAGAAACCUAUGUAUCAAUUUCAGAAGACAGGAAACAAUCUUCCAAAACCAACUCACUCACAACAAGCGCCAACUUAUAACAGUCGAUAUGGUUUCAACGAUGGUGCUCAACCAGUCUAA